AUGUUUACUUGCUCCAACUCAAUAACCUCCAACCCCAAAUGGGCCAGCAUCAUGGGGAAAAAUAAAAAGGUGUCCUUGACACAUGCAGAGGUCUGGGAUGAUUCUGCCCUAGUUCAGUCGUGGGAUGAUGCUGUCGAAGAAUACCAGCAUUAUUGGAGCAUUCACGCCAAGGGUGAAAAUGUUGAGGAUAUCUUGAAAGAAGCAGAAGGCACUGUUGUUACUCCAGCUGUGCAUCAUGGUGAUAGUGAACGCACUAAAGCCGCACAGGAUGAUGCCAUUAAGCCUGAUGAUGAGAAUAUCUCGAUAACCAUUGAUGAGCAAACUUCUAAGUCUGCUCCCGAGCCUUCUCAGCCAGUGGAUGGUUCGAACUCUGCGGCUUCCACACCUGUUAUCCCGAUGCCUCAUGCAGUCACGGCAAAUGUCCAAGAUGAGUCGUUAAAGAAUCUCAUGAUGUCCUGGUACUAUGCAGGCUACUACACGGGACUUCAUGAAGGCCAACAACAGGCAAGCCGCGACAAAGGUUCAUGA